AUGGCACGGAAGGAAGACGAGAAAAAUGAGAGAACUAUACGGAGUCUUCUCAAACUUCCUGAGAAUCGGAGGUGUAUUAACUGUAACAGUUUGGGUCCUCAAUAUGUGUGCACAAAUUUCUGGACAUUUGUUUGCACUACCUGUAGUGGAAUUCAUCGGGAGUUCACACACAGAGUAAAGUCAGUAUCAAUGGCAAAAUUUACUUCACAAGAAGUUAGUGCUCUUCAAGGAGGUGGAAAUGCGAGUGCAAAGGAGAUUUAUUUGAAGGAAUGGGAUGCACAGCGAAAUUCUUUCCCUGAUAGCAGUAAUGUAGAGAGACUACGGGACUUCAUUAAACAUGUUUACGUGGAUAGAAGAUAUACUGGUGAGAGAAGCUUUGACAAGCCUCCAAGGGUGAAGAUGGGUGAAACAGACGAAUUUAAUGAGAACAGGAAGAUCGAUUCUUAUCAAGGCGGGUCUCGAAGCCCGCCAUUUGACGAUACAUACGAACGUCGUUCCAGUGACAGGCCUAGUCCCGGUGGAAGAAGUGAUGACAGAAAUUACAGAAAUAGCAAUGAUGAAAGAAGUCCAGGAUAUGGUGGGGAUUACAGGAGAAGCCCUGCCCGUACUGAGAUAGUUAAUGACUGGCGAAGAGAUGAUAGAUUUGGAAAUGGAAGGAGGUCUGAAGAUAAUAGAAUUUCUGAUGGAGGUUCUAAGCUUGAAGGUAGGUCACCUGACCGUGAAAGGGAUCUGGAUAUGUCAAGUCCCCCUAUGGUCCGACCUGUUAGAGAUAUUUUGGGAGAGAAUGUAUCCCCCCUUAGAGUUAUUGAACCUCCAAAAGCCAAUGGUGGCAGGUCAACUGAUGGUUCUGUACAUACACAGAGAACUGUGUCUUCCAGUAGCUUGGCAUCCUCCAAUGGGAACCCUGCUGAACUUAGAAUGGAAAGUUCGUUAAUCGACUUUGAUGCUGUUCCUGAACCUUCUGUAACUACAGCUGUGCCACAAACUGCUGCGAGUAUGUCCAUUGCACAACCAACGGUUUCAUCCAAUGUAGACAACUGGGCUAAUUUUGAUUCAGCAGCGGAAGUGAAAGUAUCUCAAGCUCCUUCAAAUGCCAAUCCUCUAGAAUCUGUACUUUUAGAACUGUCGGUUCCAGCAACCGUACCUGGUUAUGCAUCAGGAAUACCUGUUACUGGUGGUGGUUCAAUUACUGCCCCUGUGGGAAACACGUCGGCUUUGCCAUUAAGCAAUUCACCAGUUGUACCAGUGGGACAAAUGCCAGUUCCCCCCUUCAGCAGUGGUACUCCUGCAGCUGGCCCAGUGAACAACUCAAUGACGUUUUUCCCUGGUGGUGCUCCAGCAGUUGCUCCUGGACCUGUAUCGGUUCUGCCUGUCAAUGGAGGUAGUUCCUUUGUCAGUUCUGGGCAGUGGCCUAUGGUGCAGCCUCAGCAACCUUCUUUCUUCCCUGCUGCUGGUAAUCAGCCCACAGCUCAACCAUUUAGUCCAGCGGUUGGUGGAGCUUCAAGCAAUCUGCCAUGGAAUUUAUUACAAGGGCCUUCUAGUGCAUCAGCUUCACAAGUAUCUCAAGCUUCAAAACCUGCGUUGGAGGUUGCUUCUGGAGGUGGGCUACAGUCCUCCGCUGUAGAAGUUAAAUCUAGUGGAAGAACAGCACUGCCUGAGGAUUUGUUUGCCCCCAACUAUUCAUCCGUCCCUGGGCCAGUUUCUGGCUGGCAAACCGGUCCACCCUAUGGUAUUGGGUUCACCAUGCAAUAUAACUUUGCAGCGCCCAUGCCAACUAUCCUGCAGUCAUCAAAAUCUAUGAAUCCAUUUGAUAUCAACCAUGACCCAUCUCCGGUUCAAGCUCCAACGUUUCCUUCGAUGGCAUCAUUGCAAGGUGCUUUACCAAGCAUGGGAGCUCCAACCGGCUUACUGCGUAUGUCCAGCCUGGGUACCCCUUCAUCGGUAUGGAUGCCACCUCAGUCAUCUCAUCCACUAGCUAUGCCUGCUCAUCCACCAUCUUAUGCAUCACAAAUACCUCAGAGUCCAUACAUGGGGCAACAAGUACCGACUAACAUGCCACCCAGGCAGCAAGGAGUGUCGAACUUUGGCCUUGAGGGGGCUCCUUUUGGAACUUUAAAUCCAAAUCAGCAUCUGAAUAGAUUAUAUUCCGCUCCUGCUACCCCAGAUACAUUUUCCUCUGUUGGUGGGAACCCAUUUGGAUAAAUGUGAAUGAACUUUGUGCCUUUAGACAAAUCUAGCGUAAGCAUCAUCUUAUUGCUUCAUGUCAGGCCAUUUUGGUGGAAAGUUUUGGUUGCUUUCUUGUUGUAGAUUAAGUACAUGAUUAAGCCAGUUAAGGGUCUUCCUCCAUGGGGUACAGUUCAGUCCACCUCAUUUGUAGUGUGGUGAUGUAAAAAAAGAAUCUGGAAGUGCAAAAAAAUUGAGUGCAGUUAAUGAUUGAUAGAGGCAUGGACAUUCUUAUGAAGACUGCCAAGGUUCUGUGAUGAUGUUUAUGGGUACAAGCGUUAGAGUUCGGUUGGUUAUCUGUGAAUUUGUAUUAUUCGUUUUUUUUUUCCUUCGAAUUGUAUGUUUUUGCAAUUUUUGACAUUAUUGUGGUGAGCUCUUUGUGAGUAAUUGUAUGAAGUCUAUUGUGGUUGUAGAGCACAAUUUGGUAUUGCUAG